UGUGUGUGUGUGUGUGUGUACGUGUGUCCAGCAUGCGUCUUCAGACGUGGAGAGGAUGAUUUUGGGGAAUAAGUGUGACAUGAACGACAAGAGACAAGUGUCCAAGGAGAGAGGAGAGAAGCUCGCCAUCGAUUACGGGAUCAAGUUCCUGGAAACCAGCGCCAAGUCCAGCCUCAACGUGGAGGAGGGGUUUUACAUCCUGGGCAGAGACAUCAUGACUCGGCUCAACAGGAAGAUGAGCGACAGCAGCCCAUUGGCUGGAGGAGGACCAAUCAAAAUCACAGAGUCUCGCUCUAAGAGGAACUUCUUCAGAUGUUCUCUCCUGUAGUCCAGAAGCUUCCGGAACAUUUUGAGAGACACACACACACGCUCACAAACACAUACACAGACAGACACACACACACAAAGAUACCAAAGUGUUUUAUCUGUAAAGUUGUAUAUCUUCAUUUAAAUGUUAAAAACCAAAGACUGAAGAACCUUCUACAUAUUAUAAUAUAAUAUAUAUAUUAUAUUAUGUAGAUUAGAUUAGAUUAGAUAUAUAAUCUGUUAUUAUACACACUUUUAUAUUGAAACAUGCUUUGCUACUUAAAGUAAUUAAGUUUUGAGUUAUUUCCAUUCAUAAAGCACUUUAAAAUCACAAGAACAGAAAAUUAUAUUUUUAUAUUUAUACAUAGAUGGAAAUAUAACAAGAUUUAAAUAGAAACAAGUUGAAACACAAGAAAUAAGAU